GCCUAUUACACUGCACACUAGACUAAAACUAUUACAGAAUUUUAUCUGGCAGACAUCCAAUUACAAUAAUAAUAAUAAUAAUAAUAAUAAUAAUAAUAAUAAUAAUAAUAAUAAUAAUAAUAAUAAUAAAUAGCAAAAUAAACACUUUUAGCUCUUUUUUUCUUUUAGAACAGUUACUGCAUUCAAUGCUUUGUGAUUAAUAGUUAUUUCUAAUAACAAUUAUUAUUUUUUUAUUUGUUUGUAACAAUGGAACAUGUAAAUACUGAUCAAAUUCAUGACAAUGAAUUGAAAAUGACAACUACAAAAUCUAUCCAUAAUAUUACUACUUCAAUAGGAGGAGGUAUCAGUGAGACAACAGAAUAUCAUAUCAUUACUGAUACCUACUGGACUGAGAAAGAACAAAGGGCUACAGUUAUUAUAGCCGUAGCGUUAGUAGCAAUUAUCACAAUUUGUGUGAUUUUAAUUAUUCUACGAACAUUGAGAAAGAAAUCGAAUAAAACAUCCCGCGGAUUUCCGAUUACGAACCAAAAGAAAACAUUUCAAUCCGAUAAAAUUAACAAAGUAGAAGAGAGAGGAAAUUAUUCGUGUAUGUCCAAUGAUAACCAUAGCGAACCUAAGUGGAUUAUGCAGCAACAAUUAACAGUAGGCCAAACAUCUGAUAGGAUAAGGAAAGUCCCGACACGUAAGUUUAAGCGUAACUCAUAAAGAACAUCUUCGGUAUCUUUUUUUCCCAAUAGGAAACCCCGAAAACAAGAAAUGGUACGAUUCAGCAGCAAUUCCUUUUAUGGAUGAUGUCUCUUCAUCGACGGACAACCUGCACACAGAUCAACUUAAGAAUCAACAAAUAUGA